UGUCAGUCUGGUGACCACGUGUUGUGUGCUGAUCAGCUGACUGCCGGAGGAGGAAGAGGAAUAAAGAUGGAAGGGAACAGGGACGAAGCAGAAAGAUGUAUCAAUAUAGCGACGAAAGCUCUCGAAGCCGGUGACAGAGAUAAAGCGUUAAGAUUUCUGAUCAAAGCAGAAAAGCUGUAUCCUACCGGCAGAGCUAAAGCUUUGUUGGACGCAUUACAGAAGAAUGGCAGCUCAGCGGGUAAUGGCGCAUAUCGCAGGAGACCAGCAGAAAGCUCAGAAAGCGCAGACGCCCGGACAGAAAGUCAAGAGUCAGGUGGAGGCGACUCUUCCAAAGGCUUCACCAAAGAGCAGGUCGAUGGAGUGCAAAGAAUAAAACGGUGUAAAGACUACUAUGAAGUGCUCAGCGUUAAUAAAGAGGUCGGAGAGGAGGAGCUAAAGAAAGCCUACAGGAAACUAGCGCUCAAGUUCCAUCCUGACAAGAACCAUGCUCCGGGUGCUACAGAGGCCUUUAAAAAAAUUGGUAAUGCUUAUGCAGUGCUGAGCAACCCAGACAAACGACGACAGUAUGACCUGACGGGAGGUGAUGAGCCGAGCAGCCCUGGUCACUCGCACGGAGGAGGCUUUGACUUCCAGAGGGGCUUUGAGGCUGACAUCACACCUGAGGACCUCUUCAACAUGUUCUUUGGAGGUGGAUUCCCUUCCUCGAGUACACACACCUUCACCAAUGGCAGAACAAGUUACAGCCAGCAGGCAGAUUAUCGACAAGAGAGGACGGAAGAAAGAGGAGAUGGGGGUUUCUCAAUGUUUAUCCAGCUGAUGCCCAUUGUGGUUCUGAUCGUCGUGUCAAUACUGAGCCAGAUGAUGGUGUCCCCUCCACCUUACAGUCUCUACUCCAGACCAUCCACGGGUCAGACAAUAAAACGGCACACAGAAAACUUGCGCGUCGAUUACUAUGUUGCAAGAGAUUUCAAGUCAGAGUUUAAGGGCUCAGCGCUGCAGCAAAUUGAGAAAAAUGUGGAGGAGGACUAUGUAUCUAAUGUCAGAAAUAAUUGCUGGAAGGAGAGACAAACAAAAACAGACCUGCUGUAUGCUGCCAAAGUUUACAGAGAUGAUCGAAUGCGUAAGAAGGCAGAACUCAUGACCAUGGAUAACUGCAGGGAGCUGGACAGACUAAACAACCUAUUCAGGGGCGGAUGAGUUGGACGCUUUUAGAUUUCAUUGUACAGAAUAGAUGUGUAUGUUCAUGUUUUUUUAAGAAAGAGUCUUCACUCUAGGAGCAAAAACUUAAGGAAUAAUUUAGCUCUAAUGUUGAAGUUUGAAUAUAUCCGUCUCCUCAUAUCCCCCUUGCCAACUCGUGUCCUUCACUCCAGUCCGACUUCAGGAUCCACCUUGUUGUAUCUUAAUUAAUCUACUCACACUGUAGAAAGCCCCUUCUCUCUUUUUUUUACUCUGCUUUUGUUGAUUUUUUUUUAGAAACAAGGACAAGGACAAGGACACUUGAUUGUAAAGGCAUGUACUUUUGAGUCAUCAGAACCCAAGAAGCAUUCUGCAUUAGCAAUUCACUGUCAGCUUUCAGCAUCAUCUGCUUUACGUAAAUAAACCAUGGAAGAUUUAGUAGGAUGAUCUAGAAGAGUUGACCAUAAGCCAAAUGUGUUUCUUGAAAAACACAGUUACAAAAAUAAAUUAAAAUAACACCAUGCAUCCUCUAGCUACUUGCUGCCCCCCUGGUAAGGGCGAUGAAUAAUGGAUUUUAGAGAAACAUCUGUAAUUUUUGCUAAAAGAGAACAUUUUAUGUUUACUUCAACACGAGAAAUUGGUUGGAGCUGAACACAGAGGACACUGAAACUGUUAUCCAUAAAUGGUUGUACAUUUUAAUUUUUGAAUGUUUUGAAGUUUAUGCAGUUAUUUAAGAAACUAUGGAAGAAAGAAAUUAUUUCUUCGAUGCUCGCCUAAUCAUUUAAAUAAAGUAAAAUUAUUACAACUGAA